AUGGUGUUUGCUAGAGAGUCAUCGAAGAGUGACAAGAUCGAUGCAAAGGAUCGGAUAUCUGAGUUGCCUGAACCCAUUAAGCGGCACAUUCUGUUUUUCAUGUGCCCUGAAGAUGCAGCCCGUACCACUGUUUUGUCCAAGACAUGGCAACAAACAUGGAAUUCACUCCGCAGGUUAAGUUUUGAAUCUGUAGGUCUUGAUUGUACCAAAACUCUGGAAAUACCCCACACGGAAAAGGUAAUAAUUCAAAAAUUUAAGGUUUUAGUACUACAAGAAGGUGCUGCUUUGAUUUCUUGUAUCGAUGAGUGGCUUGAAUUGGUUCUUGGAAAUUAUAUCAAUGAGCUACAUCUUUACAUCUUAUUCUUCGAAUACACUCUGCCUAAGCAAAUGUUUGCAGCUAAAUCAUUGGCCAUAUUAAACUUAAUGGGUUGUAGGUUGGUAGAAUCUUUUUUUGAUGAAAAUGCUAAGUUUACUCGUCUGAAGGAGCUGACUUUGGAAAACGUUGUUCAAGAUGGGAAUGCGAUACAAGAACUCCUUAACCGCUGCCCUAUGCUUGAUGCGUUUUCAAUUGAUAAGUGCUUGAACGUAUAUUGUCUUAAGCUUUUUAUUCUUCCCAACCUUAAGAUGGCCAAAAUCAAUAGGGUCAGAAUGUUUUCCAUUAAUGAAGCUCCUAAUCUACACACUCUGUGCUGUAGAGUGAAAAUUUCAAUCUUAUUUUUGCCUCGUACUACUUUCAAUAAUUUAAGGAAGCUGUCAAUUAGAAUUGGUUACAACGGCUUUGAUGUAAUGUAUCUUCCACGACUUAAUUCUAUGUUUCCCCUUCUUGAGACUUUGGACUUAAACGACAUAAAACGACUGGGUGAGGUUAAAAUUUCACAUGAUCGACUUGAGAGCUUAAGUUUGUCAUCAAAGUUUAAUACUAUCACAGGUCAGAUUGACUGUAAAAAUCUUGUUUCCUAUAAAUACGAAGGAAAAACGAUCCCGUCCUUGUUGAUUAAAUCUCCUAGAUUACAAGAUGUUCAACUUAAACUAUUGACAGACUAUCCUCUAGACACUUGGUGGUUUCUUCGAUUAAAACAAUAUCUAGAGACAUUUAAGCAACCAGGAGUGCUUCUGAACUUGCAGCUGCAGAUCGAAUCUUCUAUGGUUGAAUUUAAUCCAGCGCUGUUAAGUGAACAAUCAAUUUGUCCUCUUACAAAUUUCAAGCAUCUGAGGUUCCUACAUAUUGAAUCUUCACAAAAUCAUAGAGAUAUUAUAGAUGGCAUGUUAUGGACUAUCCAUCCUGAAAUGAUAUCAGUAAAGUUACUUUCACAACCAGACAGUACAUUCAUUAAGUUGCUAUACGAGAACUUAAUGGAUAGAAAAGAAAAGCUAGCGUGUUGCAAUGGCUAUCAAAUCAGAUGUUGGCGCCAUUACUUAAAAGCUGUGGAAUUAAUUGUUGAAGAAACAAAAGAAAUACCUGAACAUUACCAGAUUCUCCACAAAGUAGCAUAUGAUUUUAUGAAAGAUUAUGGAACGGGAGAAGAAGUAAAAUUUAAGUUUACAUGGUAGCUCUAGCAUUUGGGUAGAUUAUUGGGCUCCAACGGGCCUGUCCGGAAGGAACUUUUGUGCUGAUUUACUUGCUAAAAGCUUAGGGGAAACUUUUGUUUAUGUAUUGGAUCCCCUAAUUUUGUUGUAACCAAUUGU